AUGGCGACCUGGUCAUCUGCGCCGUGUCAUGACCUGGAACCAAUUUCCUGCAACAAGGCCAAAGGAAAAGCAGGUGAGAUUCCACAUCACUUUUCGCUGCUCAUCGCUAGCACUACAAUCAGCAUUGUCAGCAUGUAUGCCUGUGGUACACUGACACAGUCGCAGCUUCCUCACUGGUCAGCCAUGAGUGCCAACAACGCUUUCAACAGCACAAGCAACUUCGCUUCCUUCCAUCAACAGCCUUUACCCUUAUCACCGCCGCCCGACGCUCGCCACGCCCAUUUUGCACACGUGUCAACGCCCGUCUCGUACCUACAGCACCACUACAACGCCAUCGCACCGCCCAUGCUCUCUCCUCCGCCCGAGAAACCCGUCACGCCCCCGAAGGAACCGCACACAUCCUCCUGCUGGAACACUGCCGCCUACGCUACUCCGCCCUCACAUGCUGCUUCCACCUACCACUUCCACCCUCACCAGUACGCCAGCCUUGCACUGGGUGGCGUGGCACACGUGAGUCCAGCUGUUCCUCAGUCCGUUCCCAGCGCCGUCACUCACGAUGCCAUUCCUCACCAACAAAGCAACAUCGCCGCCGCUCUCCUCACCGCUCACUCGUCGCUCACUGUUCGGCGUUGUCGACGAUGCCGCUGUCCUAACUGCCAGGACACUUCGCGAGACGCUUCAGCUGCCAAGAAGAGGGAACACGUGUGCCAUGUUCCAGGAUGUGGCAAGCUCUACGCCAAGACUUCUCACCUCAAGGCACAUCUGCUCUCGCACAGCGGAGAACGCCCCUUCGUGUGCCACUGGAUCUUCUGCAACAAGGCCUUCACUCGAUCCGACGAACUUCAGCGCCAUCUCAGAACGCACAUCGGUGAAAAACGUUUCCAGUGUGAAGAGUGCGGAAAACGUUUCAUGCGUUCUGAUCAUCUGAACAAGCACGUCAAGACCGACGCGCCCGUCUUGCUUCUGCUUCUCCUGCCGAAGGUGACGACGUUGACGUGGAACUGUGUGACGAUGAGGAGUUUCUCUCCGUUACUCUGCCAGACUCUCCUAUAUCAGAAACAGAAGUUGAUUACGAGGAAAUGCAAAUGCAUACCAUUAGCCAGUUUGAAUAAUCUUAUUGGGAUAUUUAGUUGA